GCCCCGACCCACGACCCAACGCAGAUUGCAGCGACAACUACAGGCAGCGACGCUCCAACUGUGGUCCCGACUACGGCCGCGGGGCUCCAACUGCGGCGACAACCCGCCCACGCCUGCAUCCACAUGGGCACCGUGUGGCGCCAGGCCACAACGACUGCGGCAACAACGAAGGCGACAGCCGACGACCUGGCGCCGACGGGCGCCAUCAGAGGCGAUUCGAAGGACUCCGAGAGCAGGCAGGUGCGCUGCUGCCAGAACUACGCUCGCCCCAACAAGUUAGUGGCGAAGGCAUGUGACAUUUUCCACGAAUGCAUUUCGGGCACCGAGGACUUGCAGACCAGGCCGACCUUCAACAGAAUGAUUGAUCAUUGCUACAAGAACAAUGGCGGGUAUUUCGACCAUUCUGUUCGAGGACAAUACCCGCCUGGCGCGGGACGUCAUUGUCCAGGAGAUGGGGGUCCAGUGGUUGACUGAAGCAGGAGACCGGCUCGAGUAGUAGUCGAGUGGGUUGGGCACGGGGCACUGGGCUCGGAGGGAGGAAAGAGAGCGCGGAGGAACAUCGGCAGCGCAAGGCGCGCCGGCGCGAGGGAGGGGA